GCGGAGCGGGGCAUGGCGCCGCCGCCGGGCCUCAGCCUCCUGCUGCGCCUCCUGGCCGCCGCCUUCUACGGCCUCAGCUCCUUCCUCAUCGUCGUGCUCAACAAGAGCGUCCUCACCGCCUACGGGUUCCCGUCCUCGCUGUGCGUGGGGCUGGGACAGAUGCUGGCCACGGUGGCGGUGCUGCGGGCCGGCAAGGCGCUGCGCCUGCUCAAGUUCCCGGACCUGGACCGGCACGUCCCGCGGCGGACGUUUCCUCUACCUCUGCUGUACUUCGGGAACCAGAUCACGGGGCUGUUCAGCACAAAGAAACUGAACCUGCCAAUGUUUACAGUCCUGCGAAGGUUCUCCAUCCUGUUUACAAUGUUUGCUGAAGGAUUUUUGCUCAAGAAGAAGUUUUCUUGGGGCGUUCAGAUGACAGUAUUCGCAAUGAUCAUCGGCGCGUUUGUGGCUGCCAGUGCUGACUUGGCAUUUGAUUUGGAAGGAUAUAUUUUUAUCCUCGUUAACGACGCCUUAACAGCUGCAAACGGUGCCUAUGUAAAGCAGAAGCUGGACUCCAAGGAGCUGGGAAGAUACGGCCUGCUCUACUACAAYGCACUGUUCAUGAUACUUCCCACCUUGAUCAUUGCCUAUUUCACCGGAGACGCACAGAAGGCGCUGGAGUUCCCGGGCUGGGCCGACCUGCUCUUCGUGGUGCAGUUCAUGCUGUCCUGCAUUAUGGGGUUUAUCCUGAUGUACUCCACAGUGCUUUGCACGCAGUAUAACUCCGCACUGACAACUACAAUAGUUGGCUGCAUUAAGAAUAUUUUAGUAACCUAUAUUGGAAUGUUUUUUGGAGGAGACUAUAUUUUUACAUGGACAAACUUCAUUGGUCUAAAUAUCAGUAUUGCUGGAAGCCUCGUGUAUUCCUACAUCACCUUCACGGAAGAGCAGCUGAACAAGCCCUCUGAAGCCGGCGGCAAGAUGGACAGUAAAGGGAAAAGCUCUGUGUGACCGGGGCGAUGCUGCUGAGAGCAGAAGGAAUCGGGGGCGUCCGCGGGGGACGCACGGCAGAGCUCUUAAUUUUCGCAGUCUAGAUGGCUGCCUUGAGAAGUGAUUGGGAAGCGGCAUUUCGGCGUCUAAUCGGGUCGGAUCACGA